AAUUCUUCAUUCUCUUCUCAACACUACUGCAGAAACCUACCAGCAUUUCUGUACAAUUAACGAUCAUCAAAUUUUCCAGGCUAUUAAAUUUCACAAAAAGGAAAAUAAUGGCACUUUUGUCUAAGCUUGCUACUAACGAACAACAUGGCGAAAACUCGCCAUAUUUUGAUGGGUGGAAAGCAUACGAUAAUGAUCCUUUCCACCUUGUGAAUAAUCCCAAUGGAGUUAUUCAAAUGGGUCUCGCUGAAAAUCAGCUUUCUUUUGACUUGAUUGAAGAGUGGAUUAAGAUAAAUCCAAAAGCUUCCAUUUGCACAACUGAAGGAAUUGAAUCUUUUAGGACCAUUGCUAACUUCCAGGACUAUCAUGGCUUGCCUGAAUUUAGAAGUGCAAUUGCGAAAUUUAUGGAAAACACAAGAGGGGGUAGGGUUAAGUUUGAUCCAGAACGUGUAGUAAUGGCUGGUGGAGCCACUGGAGCUAACGAAACUCUUAUGUUUUGUUUGGCUGAUCGUGGUGAUGCAUUUUUAGUCCCUUCACCGUAUUACCCUGGAUUCAAUAGGGACCUAAGGUGGAGAACCGGUGUACAACUUCUACCCAUUUCAUGCAAGAGCUCCAACAGUUUCAAGAUUACUAUAGAAGCUGUCAAAGAGGCAUAUGAAAAUGCCCAACAAGCAAAUGUCAAAGUCAAAGGCUUAAUUUUGACCAACCCUUCUAAUCCAUUAGGCACCACUUUAGAGAGGGACACACUAAAAAACCUCUUGACCUUCACCAAUGAACACAACAUCCACCUUGUUUGUGACGAAAUCUACGCAGCCACUGUGUUUGAUGCUCCACAAUUCGUCGGCAUUGCCGAAAUUAUCACCAACGAUGAAGUAACGAAUCGUUGCAUUAAUAAAGAUUUGGUGCAUAUAGUGUAUAGUCUUUCGAAAGACAUGGGAUUUCCAGGAUUCCGAGUGGGAAUUGUGUAUUCGUUCAAUGAUGAUGUGGUUAAUUGUGCUAGAAAAAUGUCGAGUUUCGGUCUUGUUUCAACUCAAACACAACAUUUACUAGCAGCUAUGCUCUCUGACGAUGAAUUCGUCGAAGAAUUUCUCAUUGAAAGCGCGAAAAGGUUAAGGAAAAGGCACGAAAAAUUCACCGGGGGACUUGAAGAAGUCGGGAUAAAGUGUCUAAAAAGCAAUGCAGGUCUUUUUUGCUGGAUGGAUUUGCGGCCGCUACUGAAAGAACCAACACUUGAGGGUGAGAUGACACUGUGGAAACUGAUCAUAAAUGACGUGAAGCUCAACGUCUCGCCUGGAUCUUCUUUUAAUUGCCACGAGGCAGGUUGGUUUAGAGUUUGUUUCGCGAAUAUCGAUGAUCAAAUUGUGGAUAUCGCGCUCAUGAGGAUUCGGAUGUUUGUGGAUGGUAAUAAUGAUGUUAAAGAAAUUGGGGUCGCGAAGAAGAAACAACAUUGGAAGAGGAGCAAUCUACGACUUAGCUUCUCGAAUGGGAAGUACGAUGAAAAUGUUAUGAGUUUGAAUAUGAUGUCUCCUAAUUCUCCAAUUCCUCACUCGCCGCUUGUUCAAGCGAGGAAUUAAAAUAAAACAUUAAUUAGGAAGGACGAUCAAUUAUUGUACCAACAAAUAAAGUUAGAAUCAUAGUAUAAGAUGAGAGUAGAACGAGAAGAAGUUGAAAUACGAUGAUACUAUUAUUCUUUUGUAACGAUUACUAGGUAGGUGUUUAGCCUUGUAAUUUGGAGCUCGAAUUUGAAGUUUUAAUGUGAAAUUAGUAGUUGUUUAUGACAUUUGAACAAAAUUUUAACUUCAAUUUGAAAAUGCUUAUUUCUCCUGAAAAAUGAAACAAAUGAUCUCGUGAUCAGUCAUCAGUAAUCAUUUCAUUCUUCUGGCAAUUAAUUUUGUACCUGCCAAUUGUUGCAACUUUGUAGUACUACCUAAUUCAUAUUUAUCACUCAAAUUUAAGAAACUAUAAAGUAAAAAAAAAAAAAAAAAACAAUGACUGGAAGUUCG